AUGGAGCCAGAGCAGAUCAGAGAGGGCUACCUGGUCAAGAAGGGCACUCUGCUAAACACAUGGAAGGCUGUGUGGGUGAUCCUGUCUGAAGAUGGUCUUGAGAUGUAUAAGAAGAAAACGGAUCGGUCUCCCAAAGGCAUGAUCCCGCUGAAGGGGGCCACUCUGACCUCCCCCUGCCAGGACUACGGCAAAAGAACACUUGUGUUUAAGAUCAGCACAGAGAAGAAGCAGGAGCAUGUCUUCCAGGCGUCCCACGUGGAGGAGAGAGAGAUGUGGGUCAAAGACAUCCGCAGAGCCCUGUCCUGCCUGAAGGCCGGGAAGAACUUUGCCCGCAGGUCCACACGCCGCUCCAUCCGCCUUCCGGACACCGUCAACCUCAGUGAGCUGUACAGUCUGAUGAAGGACCAGGAGGACGGCAUUAAAGAACUGAAACUGGAACAGGAGAGCAAAGUUUACAACCACUGUUUCACCGGUGCGACCGUGGUGGACUGGCUCAUCUCUAAAGACAAGGCGAGGAACCGUCCCGAGGCGCUGAUGCUGGCCACGGGGCUCCUGAGCGAGGGCUUCCUGCAGCCUGCGGGGGACAUGUCCAAGGAGGGGGCCCACGGAGCAGAGCAGGCCGUGCUGCUGGACCAGAACCACGCUCUCUACUACUUUGCCGACAGUGGGUUCUUCUGUGAGGGCUACUCCAGCGACGAGGACGUUCUGCUGAAGGAGGAGUUCAGAGGAAACAUCAUCAAACAGGGAUGUCUGCUCAAACAGGGGCACAGAAGAAAGAACUGGAAAGUGCGUAAAUUCAUCCUGCGAGACGACCCAGCGUUUCUGCAUUACUACGAUCCCACAAAGGAGGAAGAGGACCCCCUGGGCUCCAUUCACCUGCGCUCCUGCGUGGUUACGGCCGUGGACUUUGUGCCUGACGCAAAAAAGUACGAUGUGGAAGGAGACCUGUUUGAAAUCAUCACAUCAGAGGAAACCCACUACUACCUCCAGGCAGCGACCUCCGAGGAGCGCAAGGACUGGAUACGAGCGAUACAGACUGUGGCCAAAAGUGGAAAAUAG